AUGUGUUCCUCAAGAUUCAAUUUUCCAAAUUACAAACUACCGUUAUCUGAAUCAUCUCUCUCUCUCUCUCUCUCUCUCUCUCUCUCUUUCUGUCUGCGUGAUUCUGUAACUUAAUCCAAACUAAGGUUCAUUCUAAGUAGUCAUGUCUUCUUCCUACGGUGGAUACCGACCUCAAUCUCAGUACGCUCCAUCUGCUCCUCAACAACCUCCAUAUUCAAGUUACUAUCAGACUUCUACUUCCAAUGUUCCUCCGCCUUCAAAUUCUUCCUCCAAUUACAGCUAUUCCAACGUUUCUUCAUCUGGGUAUCCAAGUUUUCCACCAGGGACACCCCAGGAUGUGAUAACCAGCUUUCAGAUGGUGGACAGGGAUCGGAGUGGCUUCAUCGAUGAGCGCGAACUGCAACAAGCUCUCUCUUCUGGAUUUCACCGUUUUAAUCUCAGGACCAUUCGUCUCCUUAUGUUCCUCUUUAAGAAUCCACACCAACCCCUCGCAGUUGGACCAAAGGAAUUUGCAGCACUCUGGAGUUGCCUUGGUCAAUGGCGAGGCAUAUUCGAGAGAUAUGAUAAAGACAGGAGUGGGAAAAUUGAUCCAUUAGAACUAAGAGAUGCUCUGUAUGGUAUUGGUUAUGCUGUGCCUGGCUCAGUUCUACAACUUCUGCUUUCCAAGUAUGGUGAUGGAAGUGGAAGAAGGGUUGAGCUUUGUUUUGACAAUUUUGUCGAGUGUGGGAUGAUUAUUAAGGGUCUCACUGAUAAAUUCAAGGAGAAGGACACACGUUAUACUGGUUCAGCUACACUUUCAUACGAUGCCUUCAUGACCAUGGUUCUUCCUUUCCUUGUAUCUUAUGAUUGAUGAGCAGUGAUGAUGCUCAUCUCGUAGAGAAUUCCAAGUUCUUUGGUGCUACAUUCAAUUGAUUGUUUUAUAUUGUGAAGAAACUUUUAAUUCGUUAUAUUCUUUUGUCUUCCGACAAUGCUAGAGAAACACACUUUCGUGAACAGCAUUGCAUAUAUACCUCAUUCAUUUACAUUUAGAGAGAGAAUAAUGUAUUUAAACUUUUUUUUUCUAUUGCUUUUGAUUGUAAACAUUAUGUAAGAGUUGUACAUGACUAUGGGAUGAUCUGUGCUAUGUACCCGUACUUUGUUUCAGUAUUUAUCAAUAAGAAUGAUGAAAGAAUAAUACUAUGACAUUUUAUGAA